CUUGCAGCUCUCCGUCAAAUCCAAGAAGAAGAAGAAGAAGAAGAAGAAGAAGAAGAAGAAACAAAUAGAAAGAGUAUAAAAAUGGGAGUUUGGAAAAAAAAAAAAAUCUUCGGAUGGAGCUUUUGAAGGCACUGGGACCUUUCUUCCUUUAGAGCACAGAUCAUAAUCAGGAGAAGGAGAUGGAAAAGAUGACAUCCCUCCACUUGUCAUCAGCCACUGCUUUAACACCCUCCAACAGACACUGAGAGGAAGUUAAAAUAAUCGUCUGGGGUAUCAGACAAGACAGGCUGACAAAGAGAAAACACCCAAAGCUAUUAGCCACAAUAAGAGCAAAGGAAAUGGCUUUCUUGGACAAUCCAGCCAUUAUUCUGGCCCACAUCAGACAGUCCCAUGUUACCAGUGAUGAUACAGGAAUGUGUGAGAUGGUACUGAUAGACCAGGAUGUGGAUCUGGAGAAGUGCCAGCUGGCUCUGGUACCUGGCAGCAACUGUGGGUCAGGCUACCUGAGUGAAGAGGGCAGCAGUGUGACGGAUAAUCAUGCUGGUGACCUUUCCCAGUCCAUGGACAUCACCUCCAGCUGGGACUUUGGUAUCCGUCGGCGUUCUAACACAGCCCAAAGACUUGAAAGGCUAAGGAAAGAACGGCAGAACCAGAUCAAAUGUAAAAACAUUCAGUGGAAAGAGAGGUCUUCAUCCCAGUCAGUGGAAGAUCUGGGGUCUGUGUUUGAGAAACGUGACUUCAAAGACAGGCCCCGGUUAACAGGUACUAAAUCCACCCUUUCACUGCGACUGGAGCAGUGUCCCCAGCAGCUCAACAACCCCUUCAACGAAUACUCCAAAUUUGAUGGCAAGGGCCAUAUUGGCACAACAGCUACAAAAAAGAUCGACGUCUACCUUUCAAUGCAGAUGGCUCAAGAGAAAGUACAUCCAAUGACAGUGGUGACUAUCGCAAAUGCCCGUGUCCAUGACCUCAUCGGGCUCAUCUGUUGGCAGUACACAAGCGAGGGACGAGAACCCAAACUCAAUGAGAAUGUGAACGCCUACUGUCUCCAUAUUGCAGAGGAUGAUGGUGAGGUGGACACAGACUUCCCUCCACUUGACUCCAAUGAGCCAAUCCACAAGUUUGGUUUCAGCACGUUGGCCUUGGUGGAAAAAUACUCCUCUCCUGGUCUCAUAUCCAGACAGUCGCUGUUUGUCAGAAUAAAUGCUGCGCAUGGUUUUUCUCUGAUACCUGUGGACAGUUUGAAGGUAACUAUGAAGGAAAUUCUCCAGAAAGCACUCAAGAAGAGGAAAGGCUCACAGAAAGGCUCAGGGCCAAUGUAUCGCCUAGAGAAGCAGACAGAGCCGAAUGUCGCAGUAGACCUGGACUUGACACUGGAGAGUCAAAGCACCCUGGAGUUUUGCCUUGUCAGAGAAAACAGCUCUAGGGGAGAGGAGAGUUCAGAGGAGGACCCUCCUGUUGACAUCACCACAGUCCAAGACAUGUUGAGCAGUCACCACUACAAGUCCUUCAAGAUCAGUAUGAUCCACAAGCUACGCUUCACCACAGAUGUCCAGCUAGGCAUUUCAGGAGAGAAGGUGGAGAUUGAUCCUGUUACCAAUCAGAAGGCCAGUACUAAGUUCUGGAUACGGCAGAAACCCAUCUCUAUUGACUCAGACCACCUCUGUGCCUGUGACCUUGUAGAGGAGAGAAGCCCCACUCAUGCAAUUUUUAAGCUAACCUAUCUCAGCAACCAUGAUUACAAGCCCCUCUAUUUUGAGUCUGAUGCUAGUGCUGUCAAUGAAAUAGUGCUAAAGGUGAACUAUAUCUUGGAGUCGCGUGCCAGUACCUCUCGGGCUGAUUACUUUGCUCAGAAGCAGCGGAAACUGAGCCGCCGGACCAGCUUCAGCUUCCAGAAGGAGAAAAAGACUGGCCAGUAGACUGACCUAAGCUGCUCAGCCACCUGUCUGUAUGUACACAGAAAUGAUAGUCUCAUACACUGACAGAAUCAGGCUAAACAGGACUGGAGACUGACUGGACAGUCAAGAAAGAAGAGAUGAGAGCAGGACACACAGCUGAAACUCCAUCAGGGAAGAGAGAAGACAAGUGGAAACAAAUGUUUUCUCGUUUCAAUUGCAUUGUAAAAAAGAAAGACUUGUGGGAAAUGUUGGUUGUCAUGUUGCCGUCAGUUCCUUUUUUAUUCACUGCCUCUGAAUUUAUCUAUUCUCCAGGAUGGAUUUGUACAUCUUGGACGCGUUGGUUUGUACACCCAACAAUCAAAUCAAAGCUACAUCAAAUCAUGCUACGUGUUUUCCUCAAGCUUCCUACAUCUUUUUACACAAUAUAAAAAGAAAAGGCUUCACGUUGCUGAUGUAUUGUAGUUGGCAUUUUAACUGUAUUGUAGUUGGCAUAGUAGAUUCAAUUCUAAUGAUGAAAUAGCCCUGUCUGGAAUAAAUAACAAACAGGCGAGUACCUUC